AUGAAUUAUCUGGCACUGAGUCUUCUGCUGUCCCUGCAGUUAUUUUCUUUGAUCGAUGGCCAGAACAGCCUCCAGCGCAUCAUCGGGGGUUACAUAGUGGCGCCACAUUCCUCCAAGUACCUGGUGUCCCUGAAGAGGAAGACGGGCUUCCAUUUCUGUGGCGGGUCGCUGGUCAGCCGAAGCUGGGUCCUGACGGCUGCUCACUGCAAAACUGAAAUUAACCAGAUGAUGAUUGUCGCUGGGGAAUAUUCUCUCUCCACUUUUGAAGGCACAGAGCAGAUCUUCCGGCCCUCUCGGAUGGUGGUUCAUCCGGACUACAGCUCCGCUUCCAAAAAUGCAGACAUCAUGCUGAUUAAGCUGAACAGGCCACUGGUGCAUAACGCUUUUGUUUCCAUUGUGCCACUCCCCCAGCAAGGAGCGGUGGUGAGGGAAGGCCGCUUCUGCCAAGUCUCUGGCUGGGGUUACACCACUCCCAUGGGUGGAACAGCUUCGGACACCCUACGCAGCGUGCGCCUGCCUAUCAUCUCUUCUGGGAAGUGUAACAGCACGGCCUCCUAUGCGGGAUACAUCACCAAGAACAUGAUCUGUGCCGGGUUCAACACAGGGGGCAAAGAUGCCUGCCAGGGGGACUCUGGUGGGCCAUUGGUGUGCGAGGGCCGAGUGUUUGGGAUUGUCUCCUGGGGGAACAGCUGUGCUAGUCCCAGGUACCCAGGUGUUUACACCGCAGUAGCCAACUUUCAGAAAUGGAUUUACAAAACCAUCUUUAGGCGCCAAUAGCAGCUGCUCUGUGUCUUCUCAACUUGCACCUUCCACUGCCCGUUCCCGGCUUUGAGCAAAUAAACUUGUGAUGAAAAAGAAACAGAAGCUAUUUCAAAUGUAGCCCUCCUGGGACCUUCUGAAAGUUGCCCUGGGGGAGA